CCCCCCCCAUUCCCGGCUGGCGGCUGCGGGAGCAGCGGGAAGAGGAGGAGGAGGAGGAGGAGGAGAGGGAGAGCUGCUGCACCGGCACAGGGGCCGCCGCCGCCCGAGCAGCCGCAGAGCUCUGGAAUGCUGUGAAGACUCCCUGCCCAGGCACACUCCUCUCCGGAUUAUCUCCAUCCCAAGGAAGCUCGUAUCCAAGAGAGUUCCCGGUCUUCCACCAUGAAUCCUGUUUACAGCCCCGUCCAACCUGGGGCUCCCUAUGGAAACCCGAAGAACAUGGCCUAUACAGGUUAUCCAACAGGCUAUCCCACUGCUGCCCCAGCCUACAAUCCCAACAUGUAUCCAACCAGCAGCCCCGGCUACGCCCCAGCCACACUUCUGAUGAAGCAGGCCUGGCCCCAGACCUCCUCGUCCUGUGCCACCGAGGGCACCUUCCACCUCCCGGUGGACGCUGGCACCGAGAACAGAACCUACCAGGCUUCUUCUGCAGCAUUCAGGUACACCGCGGGGACUCCCUACAAGGUGCCACCGACCCAGAGUAACAACGCCCCUCCUCCCUACUCGCCGUCUCCGAACCCGUACCAAACCGCGAUGUACCCCAUCAGAAGUGCCUACCCACAGCAGAACCUGUACACCCAGGGAGCUUAUUACACCCAGCCCGUGUACGCGGCCCAGCCUCACGUCAUCCACCACACCACGGUGGUGCAGCCCAACAGCAUCCCCUCGGCCAUCUACCCGGCCCCGGUGGCCGCGCCCCGCACCAACGGCGUGGCCAUGGGCAUGGUGGCUGGCACCACCAUGGCAAUGUCAGCAGGAACCUUGUUGACCACCCCCCAACACACCGCCAUCGGAGCACAUCCAGUGUCCGUGCCAACGUACAGGGCUCAAGGAACCCCCACCUACAGCUACGUACCUCCACACUGGUAAACCACUGGCCAAUCCAUAUCCGGAGUCAAACAUUGUAUGCAACUACACAAGUCUUACAUCGGCGCUGCGGCCGCUGGGCUUCAGCGCCUCGUCUGUUUGCAAGAACAAAAGAAAAAAAAAAAAGUGCAAGGGUCACUUUAUGCAUUCUUUAGUGGUUUUUGUAAAAGCUGCUUUUUCUAAUCUUCUGCCUCUUUUUUUCCCCCCUUCCUCCCCCUCCCACAUGAAUUGUGUAACACACAUACUGACACUGAGCAAUAGUCAAGUUCUCUCUUCGGUCCUAUCAUUUGAAAGCUCAGAAUCUUCACUUUUCCAGCAUUGCCCAGCUGAGUGGUGCAGAGAUCCCCCCACUUCUUGUUCGUUUGGGUUCUUUUUGUUAUUUUUCUGUUGUCGUUGUUGUUGACAAGAGCCUAGAUUUUUUUUGGCUAGUAAGAGUGGUUGAUGUUCAGGGUACUAUGUGAAAAGCACAGCGCUGGUAGGCAGGCUUAUUCCGAUUUGGUUUGGGUAUUUUUAGUUGAAGAAUAUAAAUUAUUCAAUCUUUCAUAACAUAUUACAAGAAAAUUGGUGUCUUCCAGAUAGCUGUCGUGAUAGAUUAUAAAUGCAUUAUCUGCAGUGGAAUUCUGAACUCAUCCCUUCUUUUUGUAGGAGUAAGAGAAUAUAAAUAUAAUUAGCGACGUAACACACUUGUCUUAGGAAGCACGAGGACUGGUCACCAGCGGGUCUUUGGUCUGCUUUUUCCAACUGGGCACAUGGAUCAUGGGUGAUGGGAAGGGAGCAGCAGGAAGAUGCAUGCCCUGGCAGCAUCUGGAACCCCUUGGGAAAACGGGAUGCUCCCCCUCAGCCACGUCCUGGGGCAGUGUGAGGGAGAAGGCGGCUCCUUCCCUGUGUGGCUGCUGUUUGCAGGCAGAGAUGUGCUGGGCAGCUGCUGAGGGAAACAAGGACACGUCCAAAGGUUGGGCUGGAGAGCUUCUCCAGGUCCAGGGGUUGAUCUGGAGAGCUUCUCCAGGUCCAAGGGUUGAUCUGGAGAGCUUCUCUCAGUUUAGGGUUUGGUCUGAGGAGCUCCUCCAGGUUCAGGGUUGGGUCUGAGGAGCUCCUCCAGAUUCAGGGUUUGGUCUGAAGAGCUUCUCCAGAGUAUGGUGGUGUGGGAAAGGAGGGCGUCUGGUUGAUGGAGAUGAGUCUUCAAGGCAGGGUGAAGGCAAGGUGGGUGGCUUCAGCUUGCACCCAUGGUGUUGGCAGGGCUGAGACCAAACUGCGCUGCCUCCAUGGCAGUUGAGGUGUCCCCCUCCCAUUCUUUGGGUUCCAGCUCCAAGACUUCCAGGAGAAAUGUUCAUCCAAGCACAAAUACCAGCACCAUGGAGGAAGGCCGGGGAGAGGGAUGAUGUCUGGCUGCUCUGCUUGGAGAGGUGGGAGAGGAGGAAGAAAUAGCAAUAAACACGUCGCCUCCUUCACGGGAAGGCACCUGAGAAGAGGUGACAGCAGGGAAGGUGAUCCACACUUGACAUGGACCAGGAUGGGGAACACUGGGCACGCAGAGGCUGUGGGCAUCAGGGUAAUUUUGGGGGGGUUUGGCUUACCCAGGGACAUGGGGACAGGAAGCUGGUGACAUCCCCCCUCGGGGUGUCCAAGUAGAGCAAUAAGUUGUCUUGAGGGCAGCAGAGGCAGUUUGGAUUUGCAGACAAUGCUUGUGGCCAGUUUGUUUUUAAAUCCUUGUCACUAAACCCAGCAUAGAAACAAGGUUUUUGGGACUUCUUUGGGGUUUUUUUAAGACAAAAGCUUGGUUGGGUUUUGAUUUUUGCCUCAAGUGUGCCAUAAGUGUUCCGUGCUCUCGGUGGAGUCUCCCCACUUGGCUUCUGCUCCUGGAGCUCCUUCUCUGGAGCAUGGGCCAGGUGGGGAGUAACAAGCCUAGGGAUCCCAGGAGGACUUUCCCUCCCACUGGCUGGUCCCAGGAGGUUUGUCAGGUUGGGUGUUGGCACUUCUGUUUGGGGGUCAUUUGGUUGAUUCUGCUGGUUUUGAAGGAAAUCUAGAGCAAAGCUCUGGUUGCCCUCCUCAGCCUCAAGAGGAACAAAGUGGGGGGAGAUUUGCUGUGGGGGGAUACCAGUGCUGUGGGGUGGGGAAGGGGCACCCUUGGGCUGCACUUUGGACUGGUAUUGAGGGAAAGGAGAAGGAGAAAAGAGAAAAAGAGCAAAUAGGCAGUGGGUUCCCCAUUUGGCUUGGCAAAGCCAAGGAUUAGUAAAGAGCAGCAGGACCUUGGGAAAUAACACCAACACAUCAUCCUUGCACUGUUUGUAGCACAUUGCAGUUAAACCUGGGCCAAAAAAAUCCCCAGAUCCUAAGAACUGAAGACUUCUGAGAUCCCCUUUUUCCCCCUCUCAUGCUGACUUUGUGUUAAUGUCUGUCAGCAUUGAGUCAGGCCUCCCAAAAGGCGCUCUGGUUUGUGGGGUCCAGUGAGCUUUGGGGUCCCUGUCCCAGCAGACACCAUCCCACCACUGUCCCAGACACCCUGCACCACGUUAGGAACCACUCCUAAAAUUCUGGCCCGUGUGUGGAAAGGAGAUGUUGGGCUUUCUCCUGGAAGGAAAAGAAACAUUAAAGGUGGGGGAGAAAGCCCCAGGAGUUGAGCGUGGUGGAUCACCCAGUGAUGAGCCCUGACACGGGGCAGUUGGGUUUUAAUUCCUUUGCUUGGAUCAAAAGCAGAUCCAGAGCUCCUCAUCCCAUUAUUCCCAGGCAGAAAUACUCAUUAACCAAAGUGUAGAGAGGUGAAAUAUUUGCCACCUGUUGGGCCAGAGGCUUUAGUGAGGACAUUGGUAACCAGCCUUGAGCCACUGUGUGGAACCAGGGCCACCACACAGUGCCAGGCUUGGGUAGCUCCUUCCCAAGGAGGGGCUGUGGUGCUGGGGAGAUGCUCCCUGCCCUUCCCUUGAUCCCAAAUCCUUCCCUUGGUCAAGUCAUGGCUUAACUGAGAGUCCUGGGAAGGUCACAGUGGGGAACACUGAUGGGGGCCACCAGCUUCUCAAAUAUUCAUUCCAGCAAAGCUUUGCUGAUGUUGGUUGAGGAAAAGGGUUUUCCACAGUGAAGGAUCACACUGGGCAGCAGUGGGAAAGAGCAGGAGGGGUUAAACCAUCCUUAGCAGCCACUGAAGUGUCUGAGAUUAAAAUUCCAGCUAAAGAGGAAGAAAAAAUAACUCUGAACCAUUAACCCAUCCCAGGCCUUACCUUUACUUCAAAACACAAGCUGCGAGGUGAGAUUUGGGGGGAAAAUCGGAUUUUAGUGGUGGUGGUGACCCCCAAAGCCCAGGAGCCCCUUGGAGCCUGAGGCCAUCAUGCCUCCAAGUGGCUGAACCCUCCGGGCAAGGAUUUCCUACUGCAUUUUAUGAAUAACAAAUCACUCUGUUCAGCACCGUUGCAGUUUUGGGAUGUAAUUCCCAGGAAAUGUUAUUUAAGGGGUUUGUUUUAAUGAGGGGUGUUCAGAGCAUCAGGUUUUCCUCCAGCCACCAGCGUCCCACUGAAUCUGGUCCUUCCCAGAGAGACCCCCCUGACUCUUUGCCAUCCCCUCUGGGAUCGUGGGGAUGAUGUGGUUCCCAGCUGGAGGGCAAGAAAUGAGAUCCUGGUUUUUUUAGCAGGAUGGAAAAAAAUAACACUUGAGGCUUUAUUUUUGGUAAAAUCCAACCAGCCAACAAUAGCAAUAAGAGCUGCUGGAUACCCAUAAAUCCAGGUAUUUUUGGUUUGGGUUUUUUUUCCUAAUUGCCAAUAUUUUCAGGCCCUCCAGCUGUGGUGACCCUCUGCCCAUCUUCCCUUGGCUUUGCUCCCAAGCCAGGAUCAGCCCCCAAAUAUUUUCUCUGCUGUGUGUUAGCAUUCCCUUAGGGGGAAAAAAAAGGAAAAUAAAAUCUGUGACGAGCUUGGGAGGGAGGAAAUCCUUGGAAAAGGCAUUUCUGUGGCAUGUUGCACCAUGGCACUUGGAGAUUCUCUGGCAAUCAGGCAGAAGAGCUUGUGGGAAUGUUUGCAGGGCAGGAAUAGCAAAAUCUGGGGUUUGACAGGAGCGAUUCCCGUUUGGAAGCGCUCGCUUGUGCUGCUUGUAGGGAAUAAUCUUGAUGCAACAUGGCCACCUGCAGCCUCCCUGCAUCCUCCUGCAAGAGAUGGAGCUGGGAGAUGGAAUUUUCCAGGGGGAAGAGGGGUUCAGGAUCAGGGGAGGGAUUUGUAGGGAAGCAUGGCAAAGUGCAGGAUCACACCCAAACCCUCCCAUUCCCACAACACGGCCUCAACCCACACCAGGCUCCCACCCCUCUUUCCGUGUAAUUAAUUUUAAAUUGAUUUUGACCACCAGACCAGCUCGUUUUUAAGUAUUAUUGGACCUCUUAAAUAAAAAUAAAUACCAAAAAAAUUCCCUGAAAGAACAACAACAAAAAAAAAAUUUCAACCCAAGAGUAACCACGUCUUCCAAGUCUACAUCUCACAGGUGUGUAGGGAACAUGGCCUUGGACUGAUGCCCUGGAGAGCCCCACAGCCUCAGUUUGUCCAUCUGAAGUGUAAAUUUGGGGUUGUUUUCCCGUUUGUUUUCUGUUCUGGUUUUGGUUCUGAAGAUCAGGUCGUGAUCUCCCUGACAGAUUUCAGCCAAGAGUUUGUAACUGUACGAUAUUUACUGUAAGAUGUAGAACAUUCGAUAACUAUUAAAAUGUUUCCAAAAAAAAUUAAAUAAAUAAAUAAAAGAGCCCCA